AUGAAAGGCGGCGGCUUCAGAGUUUUCAUUCAGAUGACGACGACUUGCACCGCAAAUGCAGCCUUCUUUCUCCUGCUGCUGCUGUGUGCUUGCUGCGUCGCCGCCCUUGCCUGUGACCCUAAUGGCGGUGGCGCCAAGUUCGGGUACAUCGGCUCUAUCGGUCCUGCGCACUGGGGCACCUUGAGCCCCAACUUCACGCAGUGCGCGAGAGGGAGGAGCCAGUCCCCGAUCGACAUCUCCACGGCCGAAGCGGUUUUCAACCCAGCGCUGCAGCCACUCCACAGGGACUACACCGUCGCCAACGCUACCCUUGUCGACAACGUCUUCAACAUCGCGCUGCGCUUCGACGACGACGGAGCUGGGAGCGUGCGCAUCGACGGGAAGGUGUACAGGCUGAAGCAGAUGCACUGGCACUCGCCCUCCGAGCACACCAUCAACGGGCAGAGGUUCCCCGUGGAGCUCCACAUGGUUCAUGCCAGCGACGACGGCAACGUCGCCGUGGUGGCCAUGCUCUACCGGUUUGGCAGGCCGGACCCUCUGCUUUGGCAGAUUCAGGACAAGCUGGCUGCGCUGUACGCGGAGGGCUGCAAAGCGGAGGAGGGCGCUCCAGUCCCCGCCGGGAACGUGAGCCUCUGGUCGAUGAGGCUGUACUCCCACACGUACUACCGCUACGUCGGGUCCUUCACCACGCCGCCCUGCACCGAGAACGUCAUCUGGAGCGUCCUGGCCCAGGUGAGGGAGAUGACGGUGGAUCAGGCCGCCGCCCUGAUGGCGCCACUGGAGCAAGCUUACAGGCGCAACAACAGGCCGACGCAGCCGACGAACGGGCGCAUCGUCCAGGUCUACCACAGGUUCAUGAACAAGAAGACGGCGCCGUAG